UUAGCUACGAUACGAUUACAUCCGUAUCGUACUGUGACAACCGUAACCUUCGAACAACAACUUGUGGAGCGUGAAUGUGUCGGCUCCCAAACAAAUUAACUUUAUUUUUAAUUUUGUGUAACUUUAAUAUACAUUGCAUGAAUCUCCUUCUGUAAAUUAAUUAUUUUAUUUUUCUGUCUUUUUCGUUGUAGUAUUAUAUAAGUGUAAAAUAUUUUUAAAUUUUAAUAAUGAAAACAUUUUUUUUUAAAUUGUGUGCAAUUACUUUUCUGGUAAUAGCAACUAAUGCCAAAUCUAUUCGUGAAAUUGGUUUACAUGAAGAUUUUCUUGAUGAUAAGUAUUAUAGCCUUUCUGAAAUUGAAGAUUUAUUUAAUAGAAUAGAAAAACAGUAUCCAGAAAUUGCGAGAGUGCAUGAAAUAGGCACUUCAGUUUUAGGUAACAAAAUCUUAGUAUUAGAAAUCACUUCCAAUGUUGGUCGACAAAGAACACUUUUAAAACCAAUGUUCAAAUAUAUUGCAAAUAUGCAUGGUGAUGAAACUGUUGGUUUGCAAUUACUAUUAUAUUUAGCUCAAUAUUUGACUUCUUCCUAUGGAAGAGAUGAUGAUCAUCGUGUUACAAGGCUUGUUGAUAGAACUGAUAUAUUCUUGAUGCCUACACUUAAUCCUGAUGGUUAUUCACUGUCAAACGAAGGAGACUGCUAUUCUCAGAAAAAUUAUACUGGAAGAAAUAAUGCACAAGGUAUAGAUUUAAAUAGGAACUUUCCUCAAUUAGAUCAUAAAUACUUUGAUAUGCAACAACCAGAAACCAAAGCUGUAAUUAAUUGGAUUCUUCACAAUCCAUUUGUGCUAUCAGCAAAUUUUCAUGGUGGUGCUGUAGUUGCCAGUUAUCCAUACGACAAAUACUAUAAGAAUUUAUCUCAGGAAGGUAAAACACCAGAUGAUGCAGUUUUUCAGCAUUUAUCUUCUGUUUAUGCUUCUAAAAAUCCUGUUAUGUCAAAUGGAUCAGCAUGCCAAGAUGAACAUUUUGAACAUGGAAUUACUAAUGGUGCGCAGUGGUAUGAACUGGAAGGUGGUAUGCAAGAUUUCAACUAUGUAUAUUCUAAUUGUUUUGAAAUAACAGUAGAACUUACUUGUUGUAAAUUUCCUCAUCCAUCAGUUCUAACUCAAGAGUGGGAAAACAAUCGAGAAUCAAUGUUGUCAUACAUGGAAAAUGUCCAUAUUGGUAUUAAAGGCUUAGUUCAAGAUCAGUACAAUAAUGCUAUUGAAGGAGCUAUUAUUAGUAUUUCUGGGAUUAAUCAUGGCAUUAAAACUACUAAUAGAGGAGAAUAUUGGCGACUUUUACUUCCUGGGACAUACACUGUUAAAGCUAGUGCUCCUGGGUAUGUAUCAUCAACUCAUAAUGUUACUGUUAAAAAUGAUAACUACCGAACUUCAACCGUCAAUUUUACUCUUCAGCAAGCUAAAACAUCAUCAGCGGUCGAUUUGAGUUCAAUUGAAACGAAAACCGGACAGAGAGACAUUGAUGGUUUCCCCAUUCCUGUAGAAUUCGUUCACCAUAAUUAUGAUAAACUCGUUGCAAAAUUAAAUUUAAUCAAUGUCAAUUAUCCAAAUAUAACCCGACUUUAUAGUGUGGGCAAAAGUGUAAAAGGAAGAAAUCUGUACGUGCUCGAAGUGUCUUUAAGCACAGGACAUCAUCAACCUGGUAAGCCAGAGUUUAAGUACGUUGCAAAUAUGCAUGGCAAUGAAGUUGUAGGACGAGAGUUAAUAUUGUUGUUGGCUCAGUAUUUGUGCCAAAAUUACGGUUUUGAUAACCGCGUUACGAAAUUGGUGAACAACACUCGAAUACAUCUUAUGCCUUCGAUGAACCCUGAUGGUUACGAAGUGGCUAAAGAAGGAAUCGAAGAUCCAAAUGAUUUGUUAGGUAGAAAUAACGCUAACAAUGUCGACUUAAAUAGGAAUUUCCCAGACAUUCGUCAUCCUGAACACAUAGUAACACAAGAACCUGAAACUAAUGCAAUCAUCGAUUGGCUUCAGAACAUUCCAUUUGUCUUAAGUGCUAAUCUUCAUGGUGGAGCUUUAGUUGCUAACUAUCCCUUUGAUAGUAAUCCAUCAUCAAUCAACUCCCGACCGUCGUAUACACCAGAUCAUGAUUUGUUUAUGCUUCUGGCUAAAACUUACUCAAUGGCCCAUCCUCAGAUGCAUCUUAACAAAAAGUGUGUAAACGACUCUGAUUUCAUAGUUUUUAAGGAUGGAACAGUUAAUGGAGCUUAUUGGUACAGCGUGGUAGGCGGUAUGCAAGAUUAUAACUAUUUGAACACAAAUUGUUUUGAACUUACGAUGGAACUGGGCUGCACCAAAUUUCCAUGGAAAAAAGACCUUAGAAGUUACUGGACUGCCAAUCGAGAACCUUUGAUCAUAUUUAUGGAACAAGUACACAGAGGAAUCAAAGGUUUUGUGUUUAACUAUAAGGGUCAAGCUAUACGAAAUGCAGAAAUUUCAGUUGCAGGCAUAGAUCAUAACGUCAGGUCAGCAAUUGAUGGGGAUUAUUGGAGAUUGUUGCCACCGGGAAACUAUGAUGUUUCGGUUACAGCUUAUGGGUACAAAAAACUAACACAUUCUGUUUAUGUGGAAAACUCAACAAUUCCGACCUGGUUAAAUUUCACAAUGGAAAAAGAAAACUUAUCAGUUUGGUCUAGAAAAAAUGACUUUAAUAUAGAAAGCAAUAUAGCCAAAUUAGAAUUAUACAAAGAUAAAGAAGUGUUUUUAAAUGAGCUUAGAGAUUUAGAAAAUAAAGCAUCCAGCAUUGCUCAGUUAAUGUCACCUCAAGCGCCUUUUGGGAUCAUUGGCGAAUCUAUUAUUGCAUUUAAAAUCACUAAAGAUGUUGGGUCACCGGACGAAUUUAAAUUUAAAGUUGCUAUUUUGGGAGGUUUGUAUGACAACGAACCUGCUACUCGAGAGAUUCUUUUAAAUCUAGCCAAACAUUAUGUUGAAGGCUAUAGAAAAGGCAACAAAAAUAUUAUUUCUUUGCUAUCAAAUGUAAUUUUAUACUUAAUUCCUUACUAUGAACAAAAGGCGAAUUAUGAUAAAAAGUGUUUAACGGAUGACCAAAGUGAUCUUACUGGACCUCGUUUAAUUGCUACAAAUCAGCCUAGUGAUAAAAAAACUACUGAUAGUCUUUGGAGAAUGUUGCAAAAGGAACAAUUUGAUUUGAUGUUCAGUUUAGAAGGAGGUGCCAUGUCUAUAAAUGGCCCUACAACUCAACCCAGAAAUAUUGUAUCUUUAUUGUUUCGCGAGUACGAACAACUAUACUAUAAUAGCCAUAUUAAAAGUAGCUGUGGAGAUUUAACUGAUUUAAAAAUUAAUGAUAUUAAACAGAAUGUUUUAGAUAAUUUCAAUAAUAUAUUAAAAAUAAAAACUAUGUCAAUACGUUUAACAUGUUGCAAUUAUAUAGACUCUACUGAAGUAGCAUUUGUCUGGAUGGAAAGCUUGCAUAUGUUAGAAUCAAUUAUAUCUCAAAGUUACCAAGGUGUUCGAGGGAUAGUUAGGGACUCAUCAGGCAAGCCAUUAAGGUCUGCUAUUAUUACUGCUGAUCAGUUUGGUGAUAUUUAUAAAGUAACUUCUAACUCUGCUGUUUACAAAGCACACUUGCCUUUAGGCAUGCAUCGACUUCAUGUAAAAGUAACAGGUUAUGAAACUAGAACUGUUUGGGCUAAUGUAUAUAGCGGGAAUGUUACCGAACUUAAUAUUGUAAUGUCAAAUGAGAAAGGUUAUGCAGAAAUUCAACAACUAAACAAUAAAAUUAGGGGAUUUGUUGUUGAUGUUAUGAAUAGUCCUAUAGAAGAUGCAGUUGUAAUUGAUAAAACAUCAUCAUCAGUCACUAAAAGUAAUAAAAAUGGUUUCUAUGAGUUACCUGUAAGCAAAGGAAAAUCAUAUAUACGAGUUGAAGCUAAGGGAUAUUAUCCAUCUACAAAGUUGAUUGAAAUUUCAGAUUCAUUAAAUGAAAAACUAACAGUCAAGUUGGAAAAAGAUUUAAGAGUAUUUAAUAUGUCAAGAAUGAUGUUUAUAGUGCUUACAGUUUUUGUAAGUUCUGUUCUUGGAGUAAGUUGGUAUCACUUUUAUCUACGAUGGAAAUCUGGAAGGCCAUCAGCAUUUGCUUACCGAAAUGGAUUUGCCUUAUUACCUCAAAAACCUUAUCUUUUUGAUGAUGAUGAUGAAGUGGAGCUUUUCCGAAGCCCUCACCAUAAAUAUUCUUUGUCUAGACCAUACCAUGAUGAGUCUGAUGUCAGUUAUGAUGAUGGUUCAGAUGCAUCAAAUUCAUACUAAGUUUCCCAAAACAAAUUGCUAUACUUAAAUUUAAAUUCUUGAUUGUACAAUAUUUAACUACUUAAUAUCAUAUUUUUAAUAAUCAAAUUGUUAAUAUUUUAGUUAUUAUUUCUAUUGUUAUUGAAUAUGUUGUUUUUAAAUAUUUGUGUAAAUAAUAAUUAGUGCAAUCUCUUAAUUUUUAUUUAAAUUUUAAGGUAAUUAAAAAUUUAACGUGAUACUUAAAUUAAAUUUUAGUAAAUUUACAACAAUAAUUUUUAAUCAUAACUAAUGAACAACUAUUAGGCUUAAUGUGUAAGGAUACUUAUUGAAGUAAUUU